AUGGGCGCUUCCCGUCUUGCGUUACUCUUUAUAUCGCUCCAUUGUCUGCAAAUAUGUGGAUUGCCAUUAGAUAGUAUUGCAGCUGAGGACGCCGAAGAGCUGUAUCGCGUGCUGGAAGUUGAAAUUGACGCGACCGAGCGGCAGUUGGAGCUGUAUGAACAGAAGGCGGAACUUCUCAAUAGCACAAUCAAGCGGAUCGAAAGCAGACGCAAAACUAGGCAUCCAACAGAUUUUGACACGAGUCCUACUGAUACGCAGCAGCGUCGGCCGAGAUCUCGCUCGCUUCCGCACAGUUUCAGCGACUGGUUCGAGCCUCGACGCACAUUCAGGCCAUCGAGUGGUCGGGUAUUGACGCAGUUGAUCUCCUUUCGACCCAAUGUUUCACCUGCAGGGAGAGGCCAGCAGAUGGCAGCACGUCGCAAGGCGAACAUCGAUGGCGAACUACCGCUGCAGUUUUUGCUGGUGCUGGACCUGGACUCGACUGUCUUGAGGCUUUUCCAUCCUACAACAUUCAAGCUCAUGUGGCAACACGCUCUGGAUCUACGAUCAUCAUCAGGAGACAAAGCGUUUCAUGUAGCUGAUCUGUACUUUGUAUCUGACCGCAGCACUCAUCUUGCUGUUCUAUCGACGUCCGGGGAUCUUGUACUGUUUAAGUUACGACUUUGGCACAACAGUCGAAUUGUCGCGGGUGAUCCUCGACGUUUGAAGUCCCUGACAGAAUUAGAGGAGAACUACCACCAAUGUCCGGUAGGACAGGACAGUCUCCACAAACUAAAUGCACCACUACUGCCAUGGAUACAGCUAUCGACGUCAACGUUAACAGCACCAACCCCUGGCGAAUAUCUUCACAUCGAUGUGGAGCGCGUCUUCGGAACUACUCUCGACCAAGAGUGGCAGUACGGCCAAGGCAAAGUGGCAGUGGUGCCAUUGCACUAUCGUGUGAAUGUGGUCACUGUGGAUAGCUCCGCCAAGUGUCUUUCGUUUUUCCAUGGUGACAAUGGUAGCUUAAUUGAGGAAAUCCACACACAGGUCAGCUCUGACGACGGCAGUGUAGUGCAACUUGAGCCAAUUCAAAGUAGCAGGGGAUUGGUGGCGCUAGUAACACAACGCAAAGUGUUCUUCGUGGACGCAACAGGGCCUCAAUAUAUGCCAGUAAUGUGUGUGGCUCCUGGGUGGCACAACUUCUCGAGUGUGGCAGCGGAUCCAUUGCGACCGACCAUCAUAUAUGCCGGGACUUCAACUGGUCGUGCACUCAUGUACAAAAUGUACAACUUGGGAGGCUGGAGACAGCGCGGUGAUAUAAUUGAGAAAGAAGCUCGCAACCCAGUCGUGUGCGCCUUAGCAGACCAGUUGAUGCCUCUCCGGCUACCAUUGCUAGGCAAUUUGCCAGCAAUUGUGCAGACACUGCCCGGAUUUCUCAUGUUGGGGACUGGAUCCCAUUUGGUGCUGUACCAAUUGUCUGGAAAUAGUGAGGAUAUAAAGCCAACUUAUUUAUCGGAAAGAGCGAUAGAAGAGUUUGAUGGCCUACAUGUAUCAGCACAGAUAUUGGGCAUAACUGCUGCCAAGGAUCUGAUAGCACACUCAACCGGCUUUGCUGUGCUUGUUUCGGACGCUAGCGAAAGUCACCGUCUCGACAUUUAUAAAUCGCGAAUUCCUCCUCCUGGCACCAACCUUGAUUUAAGCUGGAUACGUGUACCCGCCAUGAUGAUCUGCGCAUUAGCCGCAAUGUUUUGGCAACAGAAAGGUCGACUAGCCAAUUCAGCAGGUGGGAAAAACACCUUCAAUGAAGCAGAACUGGCAGGUCUACUGAGCGGACGAGGAGGCCGAUUGCCGAGCAUGAACACGAUGAAGCGAGGAGGUUUGUUUACGAAUCGGAGAGUCAACGACUGUUACUAA